AUGUACUCUCAGAUCAUGAUUCUCACACGAGUAUUGGUUCUUAAUAGGAUGCUUCAGAGAGACUGUUAUCCUGAUGUCAUUACUUACACUAUAUUGAUCGAAGCUACUUGUAGAGAUAGCGGUGUUGGACAGGCCAUGAAGCUUCUUGAUGAAAUGAGGGACAGAGGAUGUACACCAGAUGUUGUCACUUAUAACGUUCUCGUGAACGGUAUUUGUAAAGAAGGGAGAUUGGAUGAGGCGAUCAAGUUUUUGAAUGACAUGCCGUCUUCUGGAUUAAAUGGCUUUUGCAAGAAUGGGGAUUUGGUGGCUGCAAGGAAGAUAGUUGAUGGGAUGAUUCUUAGAGGUUUGAGGCCUGACAAAAUUACAUACACAACUCUUAUAGAUGGAUUUUGUAGAGGAGGAGACGUAGAAACAGCUUUGGAGAUAAGGAAGGAAAUGGAUCAGAAUGGGAUUGAACUCUAUAGGGUGGGUUUCUCAGCUCUUAUUUGUGGAAUGUGCAAAGAAGGAAGAGUCGUUGAUGCUGAUAGAGCUUUGAAGGAGAUGCUGCGAGCUGGUAUGAAACCUGAUGAUGUAACCUAUACAAUCAUGAUGGAUGCAGUCUGUAAGAAAGGUGAUGUUCAAACCGGUUUCAAAUUGCUCAAGGAAAUGCAGAGUGAUGGUCAUAUUCUUAGUGUUGUGACGUAUAAUGUUCUGCUGAAUGGACUAUGCAAAUUGGGACAGAUGAAGAAUGCUGACAUGUUGCUACAUGCCAUGCUUAACAUAGGGGUUGUUCCGGAUGACAUCACAUACAAUAUCCUAUUGGAAGGUCACCAUAGACAUGCAAUUUCAUCAAAACAUUAUAAACAGAAACCUGAGAUAGGGAUUAUAGCUGACUUUGCCUCUUACAAAUCACUAGUCAAUGAGAUUUAA